AUGAAAUGGACACGUGAGAUUCUCUGUGCUUUAGUUUAUCUCAAAUCGAAUCGAAUUGCUCACCGAGAUGUGAAGAGUAAAAACAUAUUUGUGACGAGGGAUUUCAAUUUGAAACUCGGAGAUUUUGGAGUUUUCAAAGAGUUCAAUAGUGAAAAUGAGAUGACAAAUGAUCGGAUCGGAACACUCAGUCAUAUGGCUCCCGAGCUUCUCAUGGAUAUGAGUUUGAGUGAACAGAACAUUUAUCAAUGCGAUGUCUUUGCGACCGGCUUGGUGCUAUGGGAGAUUGCAAUGAGAAAG